CACUCACUGAAAAACCAAAGAUCACAACACAAAAAGCAUCAAGAUGUCGCAUUUAUGGAUUAUACUGAUUCUGCUUCAUCAUGCAUCUGCUCUGCUCUCAGUGACCAGAGGUCAACUUGGUGAACCGGUGACCUUCACCUGUUCGUUCCCAGAUUUGGUGGAUAGCAGUGUGCGAGUCAAGUGGUACAAACAGAGAAUCGGUGACACCCUUAAAUUAAUUACAACACUGAUGAAAGCUACUGACAUUCCAAAAUUUGAGCAAGGGUUUUCUCAGUCACGAUUUGAUGCAAACAGCACAAAUGUAAUGAGCACUCUGACCAUUUUGGCAACCAACCAAGAAGAUGAAGCACUCUAUUACUGUGCAGCCUAUACCUGGAGUAAGGAUCAGUGGAAUGGAACCUAUUUGUCUUUAAAUGAAAACGCUCAAAGAGGGUCAGACUAUACUGUUUUUCAGCUGCCAACAGUAACUGAUCCAGUUCAGCCAGGAGACUCGGUGACUCUCCAGUGUUCGAUCGGCUCCAGUUCUGGCGAGAGUUCUUGUCCCGAGGAACACAGUAUCCACUGGUUUGGUGCUAGAUCAGAUCAAUCUUUUGCGAACGUCAUCUACACUGAUGGAAAAGGAUCCUAUGAAUGUAACAAGAAACCUGAGUCACCUUCUCAUUCAAGAAGCUGCGUGUAUCGAUUUUCUAAGAACAUCACCUCCUCAGAUACUGGGACUUUUUAUUGUGCUCUGGUCACUUGUGGGGAGAUUAUAUUUGGAGAUGGAACAAAACUCAAUAUUAAAGGAAACAGCUUGGGGGUCUUUGGUGGUUUACUAAAAGAUGAUAUAAUUCCGCUACUGAUGUGCACUGUCUUGGCCAUAAGUGUAAUUGUAAUUGGCACCCUUAUUUACAUCAUCAAGCAUAACAAGUGUGACUGCAAUGCUUCUAUUUCACUGAAAGAAAAUAUUGCAAAAACAAAUAUAAAGAGAGAAAAGGAAAUGUCCAUUUACUCUGCUGUCAUAUUUACUAUGAUAAAAAAUGGCAGUGGUGGAAGAGGAGAUACAAAAGCAAUGGAGCGAGAGAGGAUCUAUGCUGCUGUCAAGGCUUUUGGAGUGGAUUAGCCAACACCUGCAAUAUUUGGCAUUAGUUGAUACUUUUUGUUCUAGGUAAAGUCAUAUAACUGUUGAUCAGGAAGUGGAAG